GCGAAACGUUUCAAGCGUUCUCUCCCACGCAACUCUCACGUGUCCCUCUCUUUCUCUCUCCCUCUGUUCCUAUAUUAAUGUUAUAUUCAUCGUAGAUCUUCUAACCUCCAAAAUCUGAGUAAAUAGUUCAAUUUAGCAGUCAACGAGUUCUCCGAUUCUGGUUGGAUAACAAUGGCAUUGCGUGGAAUUGGCUUCUGCCCAAGUCGGGAAAGUGUCAAAGUACCUAUCUUUAGCUUUAAUUCGUCGACAAGACUGAUCAGACCAACAUCUGUUCCAUUCAUCGGUAAAGGUGAUCAUUCGAGGUGGACACAAAGCCCAAUUAUGUCUGCUUUAUCAAGAACAAAUUCCACACCAAUGCAGUCAGAGGAAAGCAACAAUGUUACUUUACUAGAUUCUUUGGAGGAAGAAUUGGGGCAUGUUAUGAAGUUCAAGAUGUCAGAUUUUAAGGUUCAUGAUCGGGUCAGCAUUGGGCUUGGAGGGCGGGCAGAUGAGAUGGUCUUUGAAGCGGUGGUGAAGGAUGUUCAUAGCCCAUUACAUAACUCAAGAGUCGUGCUAAGACAACUUACAAGUGCUCAAGCACAACGUAGGGGGAAACGGGCAAUAGAGGUGUUAAAGAAGCUAGCUCGCCGUAGACUUAUGUACCAUUCUUACUCAAUGCAAGUUCAUGGCUAUGUUGACCCAUCUACAAGUGUUGAUUGUGGUUCAUUUACCCUCGUGCAUGGGUACCAUGGCAGUUUUUCUUUAAGGCAUUGGCUUCAACAAUCAGAUUGGCUUCCAAUAUUGGAAGUUACUCUUGCUUUGGAUGAGGAAUCUGUUAGGAGGGUUGGAGAUGACACAAUUGGAGGGCCUGCUGUUUCUCGACAAUUGCGCCUUAUUCGAAUUUUAAUGAGGGAUCUCUUGAUUGGAGUAAAUUACUUACACAGCCAUGGACUCGCCCAUACAGAAUUGAGGCUGGAGAAUGUGCAUGUCUGCCCUGUGGAUAGACAUAUUAAAGUAGGCAUAUUAGGAAAUGCUGCUGAUUUUUAUGAUAACAGUCCAAAUACAAGCACAACGGGUGGCAACAUGGACAGGCGACAAAUGAUGAUUGCCUUUGACAUGAGAUGUGUUGGCUUCAUUAUGGCAAAGAUGGUUUUGCGGGAACUUAUGGAUCCAUUGAUAUUCACAAAGUUUAAGUCAUUCCUUACAAAGGGAAAUGAUCCUGCCUGCUUGCGUGAGUUUCUACUGCAAACUCUAAGAAGAAAUACCUCAUCUGGGAGGUCUGAACUACAAAUACUUGACAGGAACUGGGGUGCAGGCUGGAACUUGCUGUCCUUACUGCUUGCUGCCAAGCCUUCUGAGAGAAUCAGUUGUUUGGAUGCUUUGAGACACCCAUUUUUGUGUGGACCAAGAUGGCGGGUGGACCCAUCUAUGGACAUCAUCAGAUGGGGUCUGGGUUCAACUGCAGUUCGAAUUACAGAGGAGUACAUUUAUGGCCAUCAACAGCGUAGUAGGCUUGCACACUUCAUUGAACUGAUGGAAAUGUUGAAUCCGCACUCAAAGCCAAAGAAUUGGGUGGGAUUCCUACCCGGAAAAUGGCGCCUGUUGUACUGCACAGGAAGGCACAUAGGGUUGACCCUUCGGCAGCCUCCUGCUCGAGCCCUCAUUGGUGAUGUCCAUCUGACUAUAAAUCGAUCACCCAAGUCAAGCAGGGCCUUUUCGGUCACCUCCGGCAUUAAUUUCAAUGUUCUGAUCGGGCAACAAUGGCCACACGACAAAGCUGGAGUACCGGGGAAGCUGGAAAUAAACUCUUCCAUCAGAUUAACAGCAGGGAAAAGGCUAUAUCUCAAGGAAGAAAAGAGCACAACAAAGUUCCAACCGUCCGAGUCAAAUACCCAUGAUUCUGUCGUCAAAAAACUCUCUGGUAGGAGAUGGAGGAAAGCACUUCCAUUCAAGGAGUUCCCUUCAAGCCUUCCCGUGGCCAAACUUAUAUGCAGUGAAGUUGAGGUCACAAUGAGUCUGAAUCAUCCUUCAUUGAGGGAAAAUAUGGACGCUGCCAAGAAUGUAGUACGUGAGAUUAGAAUACAGGUUCCACCUGAAAUGUUCGACCUCUCGAAGCUGGUUUGCGGAACGUAUGUGGAUUCUAGGCUGCUGGUGUUGCGUGGGAUUAGUGGGUCAGCUCUCCUGUUUACUAGGUCUUGCACACAAGAAAGCUGUAGUGUAGAUGACAUCAUAUAAUAUAAUGUCUUGAAUUUUCCGUA